GGCGGAAUCCAUCCAAUAGAGCGGCUUAACUUUUCCAACCAAAAUUACUUUUCGUUAUACAGUCCAUCGUCGGCUUCUGGAAUGAGAUUCCUAGAUUGCUCGCACAAAGCUUAAAUAGAGGUCUACUAGCCUCUAUUAUCUGCUCACACUCUCAGCUCCUCUCUUCCUAUCUUUGUCACCUUUGCCCCAUUUUCGUUGCAUGUCCAAGUUUGGUCCAUCUUCAACCCCCCGAUCCAACAACUGAAACCCUCAAUCAAAGUGGAAGCAGACCGGCUGACGGGAUCAAAGUCGGCUCUUUCGCCCAAGCAGGAUGCUCGCAGAAACAAACUUCAAUGAAUGUCUGCUGUAACAGGUUCAAGUUUUGACUAUGAUAAAUUGCGCCAGGAAGCUCAGAUCCGAUGGCUGAAACCUUUAGAAGUUUUCUUUAUAUUAAAAAACCAUGAGAGAUACCAAAUUGAACAAGAAACUCCUGAAAAACCACUUAGUGGCUCUUUGUUCCUUUUCAACCGUAGGGUUCAUAGGUUUUUCCGAAAGGAUGGUCAUGUGUGGAGGAAAAAGAGGGAUGGUAGAGCAGUCGGUGAAGCUCAUGAGCGCCUGAAGGUUGGGAAUGUUGAUGCUCUCAAUUGUUACUAUGCUCAUGGGGAGCUAAAUCCCUUUUUUCAGAGACGGAGCUAUUGGAUGCUGGAUCCGGCUUAUGACCACAUUGUCCUUGUUCAUUACAGAGAAGUGUCUGAGGGAAGAAAUAUGCCACAAACAGUCUCACAGCAACCACAAGAACAAUUAACUUAUAUAAAUGGGAGUUCGAAUGUCAAUAACAUCCAGUUUCAAAGGUUCCCAUCUGCAUAUGGUGAAAUAUAUGAAUCUUAUCAAAUCUCUGGCAGUUCUGUUUCUGGAGAAGUUAACUCCAAAUAUGUUGGAAAAAAUUUGGACGCAGAUUGCUUGAAUAUGACCAAUAGCUCUGAAAAUUCUGACCUAUCGUCUCAGUCAAAUGUCAAUCAAGCAUUACGUGAGCUUGCAGAGCAAUUAAGCUUGGAUAAAUGCGAUAACAAAAUAUUUGAAGAUUUGUUUCCUGCCCAUACCAAUGAGUGUGAGAAACUUGAAAAUCCAGCAUUCCCGGACAAUGAAAAAGGGUGUCCCUUUCAGAGUUUCCAUGAAAACUUAAAUCCAGUGGACUGCUCAACAUAUGAUCAAGGUGGUAAUGGGAAACAGAAGAGCCAAUCAUCGGCUUUUCAUCAUAGCAUUACCAGAAAAAACUCUCCUUCGUGGAAUGAUAUGUUAAAACUCAGUUCCAGUUCUACCGGAAUCAAUGCUGAUUUAAGAGUGAUAGAUUCAGUGGCUCUUUCACUGGUUCCACAGCCUUCCUGUUAUUCAUCUAAUGCAACUGUAAAUCAUCAUUGCGGUGGGAAUGCACUGAAGCUUGAAAGCGAUUUUGAGCAAUUUUCUUCAGAAGAGGACAUAUUUGGUGUUCCAUUUGAUUGGUUAGAACAAUUUAGUUUGCGGCAGCCAUACCAAGCAGUGAAAAAUACAGAGCUUACGUCUAGUGGAAGUGACUUAAGCUUGCAGUUAUGCGAAGCUAAUAGAAUCCUUUUUGGCUUUGAUGGUCUUGAGUCACCAAAUUCAGCUGCUUGUCUGGCAGGUGCGCCCUGUACAACUACAGGCGCAACUAGCAGUGGAUCCAACUCUAAAUUGUCGUCUACCCCAAAGGAAAGCAUCAUCGAGUGGAUGGGUACUACAGAUUUACCUGUUGAAAAAACUUCAUAUUCGUUUGACUUGCGAGGAACAUGGUUUGAUCAAGGUCAGCAUGGAACUGUGGUUCAAAAGCAACUAUUCAGAAUUCGUGAAAUUUCACCUGAGUGGUCCUUUUCCUUUGCGAAAACCAAGGUUCUUAUCGUAGGAGACUUCCUUUGCAAUCCAUUAUCAUAUGCUUGGGCAGUUAUGUUUGGUGACGUUGAAGUACCUGCAGAAAUUGUGCAGCAAGGAGUCCUACGUUGUCAGGCUCCAGAGCAAAUUACAGGAAAGGUCACUCUUUGUGUAACUUCUAGAAAUAAGGAAUCUUGCAGUGAAGCAAGGGAGUUUGAAUUUCGCCCCAAGCCUGCAACUACUUCUAUGGAAACUUUGCAUAAUGUGAAUGCAACAAAGAAUUCUGAAGAGCUUUUAUUGCUGGUAAAAUUUGUGCGUAUUCUUUUAUUUCGACAUCACGAUCUUUCAGUUUCUGAAGGUGCUGCCCAAACAGAAGCCAAGUACCACAGAAAGUUCAAAGAAGCAGAGGAAGAAUGGCUUCAAAUUAUUGAUCAACUACAAGCUGGUUGUGAGAUUUCAUCAGGCCUCAUGGAUUGGGUCCUUCAAGAACUGAUAAAGGAUAAAUUCCAGCAGUGGUACUUGUCCAAAAUCAGUCCUAUUAAAGAUGAAAAUUUUUUGCUUUCCAAGGAGGAGCAAGGAAUUAUUCAUAUGAUUUCUGGUUUGGGGUAUGAGUGGGCUUUAAAUCCAUUACUUGAUAUAGGUGUUGGUAUUAAUUUCCGAGAUGCUAACGGAUGGACUGCCCUUCAUUGGGCUGCACACUUAGGAAGGGAAAAAAUGGCUGCUGCACUUCUUGCAGCUGGUGCUUUAGCUGGCGCAGUUACAGAUCCUAGACCAAGUGAUCCUGUGGGUAAAACUGCUGGUGCUAUAGCUGCUGCUAGUGGUCACAAAGGUCUAGCUGGGUAUCUUUCAGAAGCUGAUCUGACCAGUCAUCUCUCUUCACUUACCAUGGAGGCAUGUGAGAUUUCUAAGGGAUCUGCAGCUGUGGAGGCUGAAAAAGCAGUAGAAAGCAUUUCUGAGAGGACUGCACAGUUGGAUGGCGAUGGAACAGAAGAUGAUCUUUCACUUAAAGAUUCCUUAGCAGCUUUGAGGAAUACUGCACAAGCUGCAGCCCGAAUCCAGGCUGCUUUUCGCGCUCAUUCUUUUAGGAAGAGGCAUGAAAUGGCUGCCGGUAAUUUCGAUGAAUACGGACUGACUUCGAAAGACAUAUAUGGCCUCAUUUCAUCAUCCAAGAAUCAAAGAGCAACUCACAGUUAUCGGGAUCAGAAAUUUGAUAAAGCAGCCCUAUCUAUCCAGAAGAAAUAUAGAGGUUGGAAAGGUCGAAAAGAUUUCCUAACUGUCCGUCAGCAUGUUGUGAAAAUACAGGCUCAUGUAAGAGGCCAUCAGACGAGAAAGAAGUACAGGGAGUUUCUUUGGACGGUUGGUGUGCUUGAAAAAGUUGUCCUGAGAUGGCGAAGGAGGGGUGCUGGUCUUCGAGGGUUUCGACCUGAACCAAUUCUUGCGGACAAGGAAGAGGAAGAAGACAUUGUUAAGGUUUUCCGCAAACAAAAAGUAGAUGAUGCCCUAGACCAAGCUUACUCAAGGGUGCUUUCUAUGGUGGAAUCUCCAAGGGCAAGGCAACAGUAUCGGCGUAUGCUGGAAAGCUAUCAUAAAGUUAAGGCUGAACAAGGCUGUGCAGAGGAAGCAAUACCACAGCUACAAGAUUUAGAAUUCAUGCAAGAUGAUGAAUUGCAGUAUUGGAUCAGAUAUUACCAGUAAGUUUAGACAAUCUGUGGCAUUUAGUAGUCAUUUUGUACAUAUUAAUUGUGUAUGUGUUUAGUGAUAAAUUUAAGAGCCAAAUAGGAUUCAAGCUGUUACCUGCUGUGUAUAAUAGUUCAUGGACAUUGGAAAUGGGAAAUUUACUAUACUGUAAUGCAAGGAAAUAUUUUUAUAAUUUCUUCAGUUUUCAUGAGCCUUUCUUCAUAA